AUGGCAGAAGUGAAUCAAUCUCAGAGGAGAAAACAGCAAGGCGUUCAGACUGAUGAUCUCCCCGGAGGAAUCGGCAAUCUUGAGGGUGCUGCAUUUCGUCGACUUCCUGCCAAUUUUGCGCACACCCUACUCCAUUCUCCACCAACUCCGUUACCUCAGGAACCCAGGAAAUCUAACCUCUCUUCCGCUUAUCCUAAGGCUAAACUGGUCUUCGCGUACGAGACAAGCGACAUUGAUGGGCUGUCCAUAGCCCAGCCAUGCAUGUGGAUUGACGAGGAGGAGCGACAAGUCAAGCUCGUGCGUCCGGACACCGAUUCCUCACCGAACCCGGGGGCCAUCUCCAGUGCGCCGAAAAAUUUCCCUUUUAAUGGAGCUUUCUCAAACCACGAACCGAUGAGUGAUUUCUGUGUGAAUGUUCUUAGCGAUCAAAUGUCAUCUCUUGUAAACGGGAACAAUGGGUGUGUUAUCUACCUCAACAGCAUCGGUCGACGGGACGUCUCAAGGUUCAUUGGAAACGAUUCGUGUACAACACUCCUUGGCCUCGUCCCCUCGGCCAUCAAGUGGCUGUUCGACGCGAUGAACGACCGAAUGCAGCAGCGGGCAGUCCAUUUCUGUCUCGCUGUAUCUGCCACAGAGAUCUACGAAAACAAUAGUGUUGACCUCCUGAUUGACUUCAAGAAAUCCACAGCCCUUGAAGGGGAUGGAAAGAGCUCUAAAGAUCGGCUAUCCGGGACCUCCUCGUGGAAGAAAAUAUGCUCAUCACGUAGUGAUGACGAAGCGACGGAACUUGUGGCAACAAACGUUGUUGAGGCAGCUCGGUAUCUUGACAUGGCCCUUGCUGCUAGCAAGCGGCUUCACGACGUGCAUUUGAAUGCCUUACCAGCCGCCACCACCAACACCUCCGUGGGCCAUCUCUUCUUCACCUUCCACAUCUAUCGGAAUUUCUCAGGCGGAGUAGUAACAGCCUCCAGUAAGCUAGCCACAAAAGGAAGUGUGCCAUCAACUCCUUCAGAUUUGGUGAAGCCAAAACCUGCCAUGUGGAGUCCACCCCAACGUCGGGUAGUAAUGACCGCCGAUUCCAAUGACGACUCGGGUUUCGAUGAGUCUCUUUCAAGGGGCUCAAGUUUUCACUGUUACAAGCGUGAUACACGGCACAUUCAGUGUCACUUCUGCAAAGAUGAGAUUGAUCGGAUUGAUCUCCUCGAGUUUAUGCGCCUGGAACAUAAAAUAGAACACCGUCAACUUAACUUGAUCGAGCUGAUGGUUACAACAGAAAGUGAAGUGGAGCAGAAAGGGAGUGCAAUACCGAGGAACUCCACAAUCUCCAACUUCAUUUUAAGUCUCGUCUCUGGAAGAGCUUCUCCUCCAUUCGGAACCAAGGAACCAAUUCUCCACCAUCUUUUGCGGAGUUGCCUAUUAGCCGAGGAACUUCUAAGGAUUACUUUUGUACUCCAUACCUCCGUCCAUCCGAAAUUCUACGACUGCACUUUAGAGCUACUGCAGCAUACUACGAAAAUCCAGCACGCCUGGAAACGCCGCCUGAGUUCCAAAUCUCUUCGGUCCACUUCUCACCGUCGACAAACUUCAGCCUGGGAUCGUGUUGUGCCCUCAACAGCAGCAUCAAACAACGGUAUUGGUAACUUUCGUUUCAGAAGAUUGGGUCGACGGUUGCAAAAGCGACGUGUUGCUACGGGAAGUGGCCAAAAUAGCAACGGUCGCGAAUGCGGCGAUGACGACGUGCCAGAUUCAAGCUCAGAUCUAGAGUACACAUCGAGCAGUGAGCAAUCCUGUACAACUGUUAUUUAUCUUGGACGCUCCCAUCCCCUUCGAACACUUUCUACUCCUGAUCGACCCAAAAGACUGGUUGCUCUUGAACCAAAAGUGACAGUACAAAAGACCGAGGAGGUCAGCAAUACAGUUCCGGUUUGUUCCCCAUUUCUACCCCAUCAUCGGAGGUUCAAGUCAAGAGCUGGUCACAAGGCGUCAGUUGCGACAGCUACAAACGAGCUCUGGGUCGACGGCCCCAGGGCCACAGCUCCAUCUGCUUCUACUUCGUGUUCCGCCGAGAAUCUAGGUCACCUAGAAACUGCGUCGCGGAGCAAAUCCGACUCUGUUUCUGAAAAGGAUCAGUCCUCAAUCGUUCCAACUCAAGCCACGGUAGAAAAAGGUGUACCAGACGGUAAAUCCUGCAACGCACACACUAACUGCAAUCUUGAGCGCAAAUUAGAGGUCUGCAGCCGAUGGCCGCUAGGUCCUGCAGAUUCCCUUGGUGGCACAAGAACCGCCAGGCAGUUGGAGGCUAUUCUCACUCCCCGAAGUGACCGGAAACUAAGGCGAGGUGAUGCCUAUCUUGAGCGAAAACAGCUGAAGCAGAUCGACCAGUGCCAGCAGACUACAACUAGCACCGAGUUUCCCGUUCUGGCAGGCAGGAGGCAUGACGCCUUCCCCGUCGGCAGCAGCGGUGCGGUUCGAGGGGUGAAGCCCUUCGUGAAGGAAUGGGUCGAACGCCAAAACCAGGCCAUCGCAGGAUGUCUUACAGACAAGCCAACAUCACCAAAACACGGGCACAGACAAAUGCGCAUUGCAUCGAAAAUUGAAAAGCAUUGUCAAUUAACUUCCAAAACCCCGGAAACUCCUCGGAUUUCUCAAAAACACAGGGAACCUGGUGGCAAGAAGCAAGUUGAUGUGGAUGACAUUACGAUCCCUCCAAAUGAUCCCACAACGCACAGUCGCAGCCUUCCCAGACACGCGACUGCCGAUAUGCUUUGGCCUGCUCAAUCUCACCAAGCAGGACCAACAUUGGAUAAUCUCAGUCGUGUGGCCCGUUGGGUUGAAUCCGUUUCCACUCCAGAACCAGCACUCCUUCCCCCCUCCAUAGGCUGUUCUAAACACCCUCACUUCCAAUCCCCUCUUUGCAAAAAUUGCAAUAAGGGUAUAUCACAUGGCUCCACCAAGUCCCCCGAAGUCUCUGGACGUGGAAGCUCAGCACCAGCCGCGCGUCACAGAUCCCGUCGCGGUCCUGUGGUCUUUCAUUCAACCGAAGACACUCAAAUGCAGCAGCCUCAUCCGACAGUAAAUAUAUCUUCUGAUCCACGCAAACCUGAUGGAGCCUCAGAUCCUGGGCUGAACAGAGACAGAUCGUUUGGUUCGGUGAGCGGACUGGACACGAUAACAGAAGGAUUUAAAUUUUCGCCGUUGCGGAAGCCCGUGCUUAAGCGCUUCGCAGACCUAUUUGUCUGUUCACCCAGCACAAACCGACACCGACAGCAGUACGCACAACAGCAGUCGGGGCAAGUUAGCAAAAUGUGUGCACCUCUCUUUGGAGGGAGUGGAAAGCCACAAGCCUCAGAAGAGGACUCAAUUUCCAUUGAUUCGGCAGGGAUGCUCUUUACGUCUUUGAGUAAAGGAGGUAGAGAUGAGAGCCUAUUCCUUGAGUCUGAACAAACAGGUCAAGCACCGACCAGUGGAAAUCAGCACAGGGUAGACAGACACUGUGAAGAGGGACAAGGAGGUCUACGAAUAAAAGAAGCAGGCGCAAAACACAGAUUUGGAUUUCUUCAAAGUCCGCUUUUUGGCAAACGCUCUACAAGUCGCGCUUGUCCAGACGACAUUACACCAACCUCCCACCCUUCUCUCCAGGCUUCCACCCCAUUUCAAGGCCAUUACCAAAAACAACAGCAAGAUAGCAUGGCCUUUCAUUGUCAAAUAAUCAUCGAAAAGUCACCUCAGGUUGCGGGUCACCACAAGUGCGUUUCCCAGAGCUCAAGCAGUGGCCUUGGCAGUGAGCAUAGUGAGCAGCACUCACUUCGAUGUCACUGCUGCUCUGCUCAGGGUGAAAUUCGGGCCCGAAGGUGUCGCAUGCGAGCUCACCGAAAUAGAGGUAGUGUCGCGAUGCUCACAGAUGUCGAAAUUGACGAGUCUCCUCUGACUAAUGUGAAGUGUUCAAUCGGGGGUAGUGGGGGUGGCCAUGCAAGCAGUGGCUACGAAAGUGUCCUGCGAGAUGACAGCGAAAUUUCUUCGCGUUCCUCGAGUGGAGGAUCUUACCCUUCACCAGCAGUGGGAGCGAAAGAGGCUGCCUGCCAGACAAUGCCAUCUGAGCUUGAUGCGGGUUCACCUGCAGCUCCUCAGGGCACCCCAAUGAUUUCAGAUGUGCUUACAGCCUCUUUCACAGAGACCGUAACAGUUUCUGCAACUGGUGACACUAUGCUAGCUUCGGUGACUUCAAAAAGUAGGAUCCCCACCAAACGCUUUUUGCUACCAGUGUUGAUGUUGGCUUCUUUGACUAAAGCUUCCGGUGAACGAACCAUCUCUUCGAAACGAAGUCUGUCGGCUCCAGCUGGUUCCUCUGAGGAAUCAAGAAGCAGCAGUCUGCCUAGUGUCCGCCGAGCCUCCCCAGCUAAACCACUGCACUCCACAGGCGAUGAAAGCUUCCUCACUAACGCUGUCUAUCCCCGCACUGCUCAACACCACGUGCGUCUCAAGGAACUCAUUCGAGUAAACAGCGAUGAACCUGAGCUACCAAGGGCUACUUUGCGCGAAGAAAAGAUAACCGCUCUACUUCGACGCCAGGAGGUAUUGAAGAAUGAACUGACUGCUGCUAAGACACGCCUUCUUGCAGACCCUGGAUCCUGGAGCUUCGAUUUGAACGUUGCUGAACGAAUGGAUCCGAACGACGAAGGCUACCUCGAAGCCCUAGCUGAUGAAACCGAACUGCUGCAGCAGCGCGUUGAUGCGUGUCGAUCGCACGCACAGUACCUCGCUUUUUUCCAACACCCCCCACCCCCACUCAACCCUCACGAGCCACCUCAUUGA